UAUUGAUCCGACAGGCUGUUCAGAUAGUAAGCCGGACAGGAUGCGAGGAAAAGAUAACCUGAAUGUUACACUUCUGCUGCGCACCUUUCCUUUCUGUGAGGUUCUGUUUAUUUCACAGAAAUCUGUCUGCUAACUACGGACCCGCAUUGUUUGACGCAUAAUUUAUUUAAAGGAGAAAAAGCCUCGGUUUGGUGCCGUGGCAUUUUUACAGCUUAUAGAAAUCACACCAUCGGAUCUGUCAUUCAUCAUACAGCAGACUUUCAAUAACCUCCACGGCUGCUGAUAGACGCACCGUGUAAGCUGACUUUGCACUAAGCGAAACGGGCUCUCUCCACUUUCAGGGGAAAAGUUGAUCAUUCCUGCUGGACAGGCAGAAAGUGGCGGACACGGCAUGUCUCUGAGCAGAGGUAUCGAAUUCGAGCACUUUGAGGAGCGAGGCAGGACCCAACGGACUCCAAAGACCAACUCGGGCACUGGGUCUCACACCAAGUCCAAAGGCGGCGGUCUCGUGCCCAGCCCGGCGCACAGCACGCACUGCAGCUUCUAUCGCACGCGCACCCUGCAGGCUCUCACCUCGGAGAAAAAAGCCCGGAAAGUGCGCUUUUAUCGCAACGGGGACAAAUAUUUCAAAGGUUUGGUGUACGCCGUGUCCAAUGACCGGUUCCGGUCCCUGGGUGCGCUGCUCAUGGAGCUGACGCGGUCCCUGUCGGACAACGUCAACCUUCCCCAGGGAGUCCGGAUGUUGUACACGGUGGAUGGGAGCAGGAAGAUCACCAGCCUGGAUGAGUUAUUGGAGGGUGAGAGCUAUGUGUGCGCCUCCAACGAGCCAUUUCGAUGUGUAGAUUACACCAAGAACAUCAAUCCCAACUGGUCAGUAGGCAUCAAGACUGGUACAUCGCGCUCCCUCACUUCCCUCAACCAGUUGAAGAGCGAACUACAGCGGGAAUCCAAGGAAUUCAUCAGACCUAAACUUGUCACGGUGAUUCGCAGUGGCAUCAGGCCUCGCAAAGCGGUUCGGAUUCUCCUCAAUAAGAAAACGGCACACUCCUUUGAACAGGUUCUCACGGACAUUACUGACGCCAUCAAGUUGGACUCUGGAGCUGUGAGAAGACUUUACACUUUGGAAGGCAAGCAGAUUACCUGCCUGAAAGACUUUUUCGGGGAUGAUGAUGUGUUCAUAGCAUGUGGUCCAGAGAAGUACCGCUAUGCCCAGGACGACUUUCUGUUGGGGCAUAGCGGUAAGGCCUCCACAGCCCUGAUGACUGAAUGCAAAGUCCUAAAAACAUCCUACAGUCGAUCUACUACUCCAAACUGGGCCGGUAAGAGCCCCAGACCUUCACGACGCAGCAAGUCCCCAGGGUCUGUAAGGAAACCCAUUCAUCACUCCAGUUUGUCUUCAAUCAAGUCCCAGGUAAACGGUGUCUCAGCUCACAGGUCCACUAAAUCCUCCACUCCAUCUCCCACCAGCCCGUCUCCACAAACCAUUCCCCGUUUAAAGUUACCGCAGUCAUUUCAAACAUCCUCCCCUAAUGUGAAUGGGAAUAACUCCAUAAAUAACCACCUAGAGAAAACAGUGAGUCCAGAAGUGAAUGGAAACCAGUACCCAGAAUCCUCCAGCAUCUUGGAUAAAUACAUUGUUGGCAAGGUGAUUGGAGAUGGGAACUUCGCUGUGGUUAAAGAGUGUGUGGAGAGGUCCACAGGGAGAGAGUUUGCUCUCAAGAUCAUCAACAAAGCCAAAUGCAGUGGAAAGGAACACCUCAUAGAGAAUGAAGUUGCUGUGCUGCGCAGAGUGAAACACCCAAACAUCAUCAUGCUGAUCGAGGAGGUGGACACGCCCUCUGAGCUGUGUCUCGUUAUGGAGUUGGUUAAGGGAGGGGAUCUGUUUAAUGCCAUCAUGUCCUCAGCAAAGUACACAGAGAAAGAUGCCAGCACCAUGGUCUACAACCUGGCUGCAGCGCUGCUGUAUCUGCACAGCAUCAACAUCGUCCACAGAGACAUUAAACCUGAGAACCUGCUGGUGUUUGAGGAUCCACAUGGCUUCAAGUCGCUGAAACUCGGAGACUUUGGCUUGGCCACAGUAGUGGAGGGGCUGCUGUUCACUGUAUGUGGAACCCCAACAUACGUGGCUCCAGAGAUCAUCACCGAGUCGGGUUAUGGUCUUAAAGUGGACAUUUGGGCUGCAGGUGUGAUCACCUACAUCUUAUUGUGUGGCUUCCCUCCAUUUAGAAGUGAGAAUAAUCGGCAAGAGGAGCUGUUUGAACAGAUUCUUCUCGGGAAACUUGACUUUCCUUCUCCUUACUGGGACAACAUCACUGACUCAGCUAAGGAUUUGAUCAGCAGGAUGCUGCAGGUGAAUGCGGAAACUCGAAGUACGGCAAAGGAUGUCCUCUCACACCCCUGGGUCACGCACGAUGCAGUGAUGAAGACCAACAUGAAGACGGAGGUUUCAGGUAAACUGAAGACGCACUUCAAGACGGCACCGAAGCAGAACAGCACCGCAGCUGGAGUGUCCGUUAUCAUGAACACGGCUCUAGACAAGGAGACCCUGCAGCUCUACGCUCUGAGCUCUGAGGAACCGGUGGAGCUGAGCUCAGACGUAGAGAACGUCUCGUCUGCUCUCCCAAACGAACUGGCUUCUCUCACUAAACAAGUAUCACGUGACAAAGAUCCAAACUCCACAGAGUCUGUUUUCCCAACCGUGACUGCUCAUCCUGGGGACCGUCAGCGGACAGAGCCUCUUCCUGUUCCUGCACGUUUGCUUUCCCCCUCUGCUGAAGUUUUCCUUCUUUCCUCCCCUCCGGAAAAAGAGACACCUCCUUCAUCACUCUUUCUGACUCCCUGCCUAUCUUUGGAUCCCUCCUCGCCCUCUGCUCUUCAUCUUUUCUCUUGCGUGACUCCCUCUUCGACCCCAUCAUCUGCCAACCAUCCUGCCCCAGACCGCUCCUCUCCCACCAACCAGACGUCCCCGUGCCCCAUCUCCCCCACCCCACCCUUCGUUUUCUUCCCACUCUCUUCUCCAUCAAAACAAGCUCCCACUUCGCCGUCUUCUGUCCAGCCAACUCUGUUCCCUUCUCCUCCUUCCACGCCGCCGGCUGCUCCCCUUCCCUCCUACCCUCUACUAGCUGAAGAACUUUUAGAGCAGAUCUAAAGUCCUGAUGCGUUCCAGUCCAGAUGGAGCAGCAUUACGUUGUGGAUCAAGAGGACAAACUGUCAGUGUGAAUUUCUCACCAGAUGUGAACUGAGCCAGAGACUCUGGUGGCUGCAGCAUUCAUCCGGACGCUUCGUAAGGAGUCUGAAUGUACAUCAUGUUUAUUUAUUAAAAUGCAGACUGUCGUGAGUUUAGCACUCUGAAGUAAUAUGUUACUGUAUCUCAUCAAGCUUUUCUUUCUGGACCUCUCUUUGCUUUCCUGUAGUUCACUAGUUUAGUUUAUGGAAAAAAAAGUUGAUGAGUUGUUGUUGCAGAUAAAGUUUAGUUUGUUUCUAAUACGGAUGUUCAAGCAAAUUUAACCUUUACUCCAUAGUUGUUAUUCUUGACAUCAAUAGUUCAGUCUUCCUGAUUAAUAAGUUACAAUUCAGUUUAACCUGGAUGAAGUAGCACAGAGUUUAAUACGUCAAUAAAGAAAUCUGUCCUUUAA